AUGGCCAUCUCAUACGUCUGCAACCGUUGUGGCAACGCCAUCCACACAUACAGGUUCAUCAACAUCUUUGAUGAGAAGGCGACCACCAACCCCGAAGAACCCGUCUACUUUACCGAGCUGUUCGAACGCGGGCGGUGCACGGAUCAUCUCAUCUGCAACAAUUGCAGAGAGGCAUUUGAGACCCUCUAUCGGGAACUUGAACUGGCGAUUCCGAACAUAGAAACCAUCAUGGGCCAUGAUGUGCGGCUGCUGGAUCAGCUGCGGAAUGGCGUGACGUGGGUCAAUCCUCAGUGUUAUCAGGAGAACAUGAGAGAGCCCGCGUAUCUCACCAUGCAUGGCGAAGACGUGCACGAUGAGCCGUAUUAUCCACCCCUGGAGGAGGCUCUGGAGGCCGAAGACGAGGACGGCGAGGAGCAUUAUCACGAUACACAGGGCGAGAAUGAAGGCGAGGAUGCCGAGGAAGAAAAGAACCGGUGA